CUUGCACGAGGGAAGGAGCUGACUUUUCUUCUCUCCAACGACCUGGCUGGCACGGUCACGCACUGCCCGACUUUCAUUCACCCGAUGGACUAGAGUCAACCGUCUUUCUUCGUCAAUACUACCGGUGACUGGGUUCGUCCAAGUUUUCAAGCUUUUCGAAGGGGGUGCACCAAUUUCAGGGCGUCUUUUUCCGCAGAUAAGGAACGAUGGAGGACAAUAAGAAGAAAGGUAAUAUGCGGCGCCUCCAAGCUAUCAGCGAUAAGGUUCCGGAGGCAGAGAAAAUCAAGUUGGACACAGUGAUUGACCGGUUUCGUAAUAACUUUGGUAUCCGAGAUUUAACGUUUCCAAAUACUCUGUCAAGUCAUGAACGUGCAUAUAUUCAUUCAAAAGCUGGACAGUUUGGAAUAAACUCCCAGAGUUUUGGAGCCGGUGAAACAAGAAAACUUACGCUUAGCAAAUCAAUGAAGAACAACAAGGUCAUAAAAACUUUGGAAUUGGACAUGAUGUCAAUUACUUUGAUCCACAUGCUGGAACCGUCAAGCUUUGGAUACGAUCUUCCACCGGUGGAAGUUUUUCAGAAUAUUAGCAAUACAUUGGAUGACAGUACUCGCAGAAAUUAUCACCGUUCAACCGAAAGGAGUGGAUUUACCAAUCGUCUGUUUACUGCUCCUCCUCCAAAAAUUCCAAAACGACGCUUGCAUUAUCAAUUUGAACAUAGUAGGAGAGAAUUGCCAAUUUGGAACUUUCAGGGCAAAAUUCUUCAAGCUAUUCGCCAACACAAUGUCAUUUUUAUCAAAGGAGACACUGGUUGCGGCAAAACUACACAAGUACCCCAAUUCAUUCUUGAUGACGCAAUGGCCCGACGAGAAAAAGUACGAAUAGUUUGCACAGUACCAAGAAGAAUUGCGGCUGUAACUAUCAGUGAUAGAGUUGCAACAGAACGCGGUGAGCGCGUUGGAAAAACUGUUGGAUUUCAAAUUCGAUUGGAGAGCAAAAUUUCACCCUGUGAAACGAUUCUUACAUACUGCACCAGUGGAAUUCUCCUGAGGUCCUUAACUUCAUUUGAAUACAGCGUUUUGAGGACCACAACCCACAUUAUCAUUGAUGAAGUUCAUGAGCGUGAUCGUCAAACGGAGUUUCUACUGGCAUGUUUACGUGACGUAGGAAAACAGUUUCCAAACCUCAAGAUAAUUCUAAUGGGUGCUGAUAUGAAUACAAACUUGUUGGUUUCCUACUUUGGAGGAGAGACACAAUGUCCACUGAUUCAAGUACAUGGACGUCUGUACCCGGUCAAGCUACAUUACUUGGAGGAUGUUUUGACCUUGUUACAGAAGGAAAAUGAUAAAAAGCGUCAACGAGAACAACAACGACCUAUAAGCUCAAGAAAUCGAAAUUCGAUUGUAGAUAAUCUUGUCAAUACUCUGAAAUAUCCAACGACGAGAAGAGAAGCUAACGAUUUUGGUAGCGGAAGCGCCGUAUCCUUGGGCAAUACCAACUUUUUUGACAAUCCUCCUACAAACGAAUUCAUGCCUUUCAACGCUGAAGAAAAUGAAGUGGAUUUAGAGGCCAUAAAGAACGAGUUGGAUUCCAAAAUAAUGAAAGUCUGGAUUGGUGGGGAUAAGGAUAAUUUGUCCGUAGAAAAUUUUUUGAAUCUGGUCGACAAUAGUCAAGUAUUAUCCAUUGAUUACCGACACAGUAUUACCAACACUACGAUGCUGAUGGCUUAUUCAGUUCAAGGGCGUCUGGACUGUGUUGAAAAGUUAUUAUCAAGAGGUGCAGACCCCAAACUAUCAAUGAUUCUUGAAGAUGGUCGUUCUUAUACUGCCAAGGAUUGGGCAUCGGAUCACGGACAGAUGGAAGUUGUUCAGAUAAUUACUCAAUAUGAAUUUACUCUAGCAAUUAUAGCUACGACAAACUCGAUUGAGCUAGAACCAAGUGUUCAAGAAAGACUGGACAGAUAUCAAAUUAGUCACAGCGAUGAACGAGUGGAUUUGCAGCUUAUUGUGGAUCUUCUCUACUAUAUUAACCAAAACAGUGCACCUAAGGAUGCCGUCCUCAUUUUUCUUCCGGGUUAUGAAGAAAUCGUCACUUUGAAACAAAUGAUUUUCACGGAUCACAAUUUGGGAAAUUUCUCGCAUGAUUUUGUUGUAUUCUUACUGCAUUCCAACAUUCAAACUGGCGAUCAACGUGCCGUAUUUGAACCCCCCAAACCUGGAAAGAGGAAAAUUGUAUUGUCGACAAAUAUUGCAGAAACAAGUUUGACAAUUGGAGAUAUCAUUUACGUGAUUGAUUCUGGAAAAGGAAAAGAAAAAACGUUCGACGCGAUGACUGGCGUGACUCAACUCAGAUCUCAAUGGAUCUCUAAGGCGUCUGCUAAUCAAAGGGCAGGUCGAGCUGGAAGGUGUCAACCUGGGUUGUGCAUCCGCUUAUACUCGAGCACUCGAUACCAAAGUAUGAAUGACUAUCCUGAGGCUGAAAUUGUUCGAUCAUCUCUUCAAGAGAUGUGCAUCUACACUAGGUCUUUCAUUCGGACCAGCUUGAAGAUUCAAGAUUUUUUCACGAGACUACCUGAACCACCAGCACCAAUCGCUGUGAAAAAAUCUAUUGAGUCGUUGAUAGCGAUGGGAGCUCUCGACGAAAAUGAACAAUUGACAAAACUCGGAUUUUCCCUAUUGGACUUUCCUAUUGAACCUUAUUUGGGCAAAGCCUUGAUGUAUGCAGUGGCUUUAAAAUGCAUUGAUCCUAUUCUGACAAUCAUUACCAUCAUGUCACAUCGUGAACCAUUUCAAUUGCCACUGAAUCCCGAUGAGAAAAAGAAAGCGAUUGGAUCAAAAUUUGAAUUCUCGGCUGGCUCGCUUAGCGAUCACAUGUCGUCCUUGAAAGCGUUUCAGGACUGGGAAAAAUCCACAUUGUUCAAUGACAAUGUGCAGAGAUCGUUUUGCCGUGACCGUUACUUGUCCGCUGCAUGUUUCGAGAUGAUAUAUGGUAUCCGAUCCCAGUUACUUGGACAAUUGCGAGCGGCUGGCUUCGUGCAGAACUGUGGAGCCAAUGAUUUGAAAGAUCUCAAUACCAAUUCUGAAAAUUGGCCACUUGUGAAGGGAAUUCUUACUGGAAUACUUUACCCGAAUAUCUGCUACAUGGAUAAGAGAAAUAAGACUUUGUUUAACGAAUAUGACACAAAAAUUAGGUACCACAAUGCGUCUGUUCUCGGAACGACUAGAAAAGAUGCCAUUGCUAACCUUCCUGGUGAUUGGGUCAUUUAUGACGAAAUAUCUCAACAAGAUUUUUCAAAAUCAAUUCGAACUUGUACCCUUGUCGGCGAUGUACCCCUUGUAUUAUUUGGUGGGAAUUUUUCAACCCAGCCCGUUGCAACCGACGAUGAACAAUACGACGAUGGUGAUCUUCUUGAAGCUGGUGCUUCUAACAGGGUGAUUAUGAAACGCUUUGAUCUCAACAACUGGAUAACAUUUUGUGGAACUGAAAAUGUUGUUACUGCUAUUUUGUACCUGAAAAAACGUUUGAAUGAACUUGUAAUUAAGCGGCUACAAUUUCCAUCGCUCGCAUACACAGUGGAAGAAGAAAGUGUUGUAAGAAUCGUUGCAGAAAUUCUCUCCGCGGAAGAUCAGAAACUUGGUUUUCAACAAAUAUCAGGAAUUGGACAAUGGCCGAAAUUGGUAUCAGGAAACUUAAUGUCCACCCCAAGCUCUGGAUAUGAACAAUCUUCUACGUUGUAUGUGGGAAACACUCCAUAAAAGUCCAAGCCAUAUUAAGCCAUAAAACCGGCUGAUAUUAAUUUUGAUUGCUAUGUCAAAAUGUGAAAUUCAGAAAAACAGUCGGUAAACUAUUCAUUAAGCAUAUGUGCUAUCAUAUUCAAGUAUUACAUAAUUAUUAUCUUUUUUGUUACUACAAUUGUCAUCAUAUGUCAAUUUAUUAUUACUAAACAUCACCUUUGUUAUUUUUAUAAACUUGAUUAAAAGUUUGAAAUUAAUUCCGUAA